AUGGCUCGCUACACAUCAGGCUUAGUACUCGCAGCAGCCUUGCUCCAGGUUGGAGCACAGGCGUUACCGUCUGGGAAUGUAACCGCAGUGACAUGCCCAUCUACCGCGAAAUUCAACACAAUAACAGCAAACGCCUUCUUUGCGGGCAUGAACCCUGGAUGGAACUUGGGUAACACGCUUGACGCUGUCGAAACUGAAGGCUCAUGGAACAACCCACCAGUUGUGGCUUCAACGUUCGACGAUGCCAAGAACGCAGGCUUCAAAGGCAUCCGUCUUCCCGUCACCUAUGCAUACCACUACAAGACACAGGCUCCAGACUGGACACUUGACCCAGUAUGGCUGCAGCGUGUUGCAGACGUAAUUGAUAUGAUUACUUCUAGAGGCCUCUACGUAAUCACCAACGUCCACCAUGACAGCUGGACCUGGGCAGAUUACACGAAAGCGGACGCUAACACCACUGUUAUUGAGGAGAGACUCUACAAGACAUGGGUACAGAUUGGACAGAAGCUGGCAUGCAAAGGAGAGAAAGUAGCAUUUGAGACAAUCAACGAAAUCCCUGGAACUACAGAAGCACACGGAAAGGAGGUAAACAGAUUGAACAACAUCAUGCUUCAGGCUAUCAACCAAGCUGGUGGCUUCAACCCGAAACGAGUAGUCAACCUUGUGGGUAGCCGCGAAGAUGGCGAGCAGACAAGUCUGUGGUUUGAGAAACCGGAUGCGAAGUACAAGAACCCCUGGGGCAUUCAGUACCACUACUACUCACCCUACGAUUUCGUCUUUGCGGCAUGGGGCAAGACGACCUGGGGCUCUGAUGCAGACAAGGCAACCCUCGAAGCAGACAUCGAGCGUGUCCGCGGCAACUUCAGCGGUGUCCCCAUCAUCAUUGGAGAAUGGGCUGCCUCCCCCGUCGAAACCGAAACCGCAGCCCGCUGGCGCUACUUCGACUUCUUCGCACGCAUUGCCGCCAAAUACGACACCCAGACCGUGCUAUGGGACAACGGUGCUUACUUUUUGAAUCGCGCAACCCACACAUGGCGCGACCAAGUUGGCCUGGACAUCUACCUCAACGCCGUAAAAGGAAUCCCGAAUGCUCUGCCAGAUAGCACCACUGACAGCGCCGCGACGUCGCAGAAGAGCUCAGCCUACAUUUACCAGAAGAAGAACACGACUGUGACCGACCAGACCCUCCCCUUCCUCUUCAACGGCAACCAGCUCCAGAAGAUCUCCGUGGCGGCCACAAAGAAGAUACUGACCAAAGGCCAACACUACACCGUCGCCGACUCAAGCAUAACCUUCAAAAGUGCUUUCCUCUCCACUGUCUUCACACCCACAAGCCCCACAGGCUCCCUCGCAAACCUCACACUAGAGUUCAACCGCGGCGCCAACCUCGCCGUAAACAUGCUGAAAUACGCCACCCCCGUGCUAGGCAGCACCAGCUCCACGCUGCCCGCCACGAGCGCAGACCUACCGAUCCCGAUCACCUGGGCAGGCCAGAACCGGCCGGCGACAAUCAAGGCGGUGCGCGCCGACGGCACGUAUCUGCUCGAUAACUGGACGACAGUGCUGGGCCCCCUGCAGCAGGGCCGUAUGACGUACGGCACAUGGGACUGGGACGGCAAUAAUGUUAUUCUCAAGGCAAGUGUCUUGGAUGCGGUUCGGGCUGCGGGACAGACGACCAAGUUUACGAUUGAGUUCUACCCUAGGGAGGCUGGGAAUGUCGCCGAGUACACCAUUACUGUGUAG